GUGAAAGUGAAAGUGAAAGUCAGUUCAGACCUGUUUUUUUUACAGUCUGUGGAUCAGACUCCAUUUUGAGUCGACAGAGCAGAAGGCCACUGAAGGCCGAGGCAGGACUGACUGAUGUCCAGAAGAUGAGUGUUCGUGUGGAGGAAGAGGAGGACAGAGCAGAGUCUCCAGGAUCCAGCUGUCGGUCCUUGAAGAGUGACUGUUCCAAAGAGGAACCUCCAUUCUUCAGUGAUGAACCUGGACCCUCAGACACAAAAGAGAGGAAGAGGAGUCAUGUUUCUGUGGAGGAGCAGCCGUCCUGCUGUGCUUUGUGUCUGGACGUCCUGAAGGAUCCGGUCUCUACCAGCUGUGGACACUGGUUCUGCAGACGGUGCAUCACCUCAUACUGGGACCAGUCUGCUUCAUCAGGAGACUCCUCCUGUCCCCAGUGCAAGGUAAGAUCCAGAACAAGACCUGGACUGCAGACAGCCAGUCAGACCAGCACUGUACAAAUGAGUGGUGGUCUGCAGGAGGUUUUAGAUGAACAUAAGAUCAGUCUGAGGAGGAGAUGUGAACGUGUGACUGAAGGAAGUGAUGAAACAGGAAGUGGAACCCUCCUCAACCGGAUCUACACUGAGCUCUACAUCACAGAGGGACAGAGCAAAGAGGUUAAUACCCAACAUGAAGUGAGGCAGCUUGAGACAGCUUCCAAGAAGAAGACCCUCCAUGACACUCCAAUCAAGUGCCACGACAUCUUUAAAGCCUUGCCCGGCCAACAGGGACACAUCAGAGUCGUUCUGACGAACGGCGUCGCUGGCGUUGGAAAAACCUUCUCGGUGCAGAAGUUCACUCUGGACUGGACAGAGGGCUUGGAAAACCAAGACGUCAGUCUGCUGAUUCUGCUUUCGUUCAGGGAGCUGAACCUGAUCAGAGAUGAGUGGUACAGUCUUCUCCAGCUGCUCCAUGUUUUCCAUCCAACAUUACAGAAGGUCACAGCAGAGAAGCUCGCUGUCUGUAAACUUCUGUUCAUCUUUGACGGCCUGGAUGAAAGCAGACUUUCAUUGGAUUUCAAGAACAGGAAGGUCGUGUCUGAUGUCACACAGAAGUCAUCAGUCAACGUGCUGCUGACAAACCUCAUUGAGGGGAAUCUGCUUCCAUCGGCUCUCGUCUGGAUCACUUCCCGACCUGCAGCAGCCAAUCAGAUCCCUCCUUCAUGUGUUGGCAGGGUAACAGAAGUACGAGGCUUCACUGACGCCCAGAAGGAGGAGUACUUCAGGAGGAGAGUCAGUGAUGAAGAGCUGUCCAGCAGAAUCAUCUCACACAUCAAAACAUCCAGGAGCCUCCACAUCAUGUGUCUAAUCCCAGUCUUCUGCUGGAUCACUGCUACAGUUCUGGAGCACAUGUUGACUACAGACCAGAGAGGAGAGCUGCCCAAGACCCUGACUGACAUGUACUCACACUUCCUGCUGGUUCAGACAAAGAGGAAGAAGCAGAAGUACGAUGAGGGUCAUGAGACGAGUCCACAGGAGCUGAUGGAGGCUGACAGGAAGGUUCUUCUGAAGCUGGGGAGGCUGGCGUUUGAACAGCUGGAGAAAGGAAACAUCAUGUUCUACCAAGAAGACCUGGAGCAGUGUGGUCUGGAUGUCUCAGAGGCCUCGGUGUACUCAGGAGUUUGUACAGAGAUCUUCAAAAGAGAGAGUGUGAUCUUCCAGAAAACAGUCUACUGCUUUGUUCAUCUGAGCGUUCAGGAGUUUCUGGCUGCAGUCUACAUGUUCCACUGUUACACCAACAGCAACACAGAGGCACUGGAGGCUUUUCUGGGAGAAAAACACGUUGAUUCAACCCUGGAUGUCUUCCUGAUGGGAGCAAUGGAGAAAUCCCUGAGGAGUGAAAAUGGCCACCUGGACCUGUUUGUCCGCUUCCUUCAUGGCCUCUCUCUGGAGUCCAACCAGAGACUCUUAGGAGGCCUGCUGGGUCGGACAGACAACAGUCCUGAAAUCAUCCAGAGCGCCGUCAACAACCUGAAGGAGAAGAACAUGUAUGAUGUCUCUCCUGACAGAAGCAUCAACAUCUUCCACUGUCUGACGGAGAUGAACGACCACUCAGUCCAUCAGGAGAUCCAAGAGUUCCUGAAGUCAGAGAACAGAUCAGAGAAGGAACUCUCUGAGAUCCACUGCUCAGCUCUGGCCUACAUGCUGCAGAUGUCAGAGGAGGUUCUGGAUGAGUUGGACCUGGAGACAUACAACACAUCAGAGGAGGGACGACGGAGACUGAUUCCAGCUGUGAGGAACUGCAGAAAGGCUGUGUAA